AUGAAGACAGUGAUGAGUGUGACGACAAGAGCACCGGAACCGCAUUCCGCUAAAGAUAAGGACACUUUUGCCUACAAGACAGUCGCCCACAGACUGCCCGUCAUAUUAACCAAAGCCAUUGACACGACAUGUCGUCGCCUCAAGAGUUUGGUCGAGUCGGGGGUCGUGUCGAGUGACCACCGAUUAGACGCCGAACAGGAGAUGAAGGACUCGAUCGGACGGAUGGCUAAACUCCGCAACGAAUUGCAAACCGAUAAGCCGUUCGUGGAGUUGGUGUCCACCGCACCGGACGUCCACAUAUGGAACCGAUGUCUUAGUGAUCAUAUGAGUGAGUUUCGGUGCGAACCCAAAUGGUUCACCACUUCAUGGCUGUACGCCGAGUGUUAUCUCUAUCGACGAGUGCGGGAAGCGUUUCAAUUAACACAAUAUGUCAACACAUUUGAUCCGUUCAGCGAAUCCAAAGAGGAAGCGCUUAAGUCGUCCAUCCAUGCCAUCGAAGUGUUGACAGAGUUUAUGAGGACAUCGUUUGCGACCAAAGACACGGACAUUGAGACAGAGUUCACGCGUUUCAUAGAGUUGUCUCUUUGGGGCAACAAAUGUGAUCUCUCGCUGUCCGCCGGCUCUCAGACCAAUCAGUUCGCGAAUCCCACGCAAGACUUGAUCCAAAUGAGAGACUUUAUUAUUGAUAAUCACACGAAACAGUUGUGGCAUUUUGUGGACACUUAUCGCUCGUCCAGCGAUGGUCUGCAACUGAGUCUAGUGUUAGACAACUCGGGCUUUGAGUUGUUCACUGAUUUAUGUCUCAUUGAGUUCUUGGAAACGAGUGGUAUAUUGAAUGACAAAAGUGUUGUCAAGUUUUACGUCAAAUCCAUGCCUUGGUUUGUGUCGGACGUCAUGACUAAAGACUUUCAUUGGUUUUUGAGGUAUUUGUGCGACGAUUCAAACACUCACUCAUCGGCUGUCAAAGAGUUGGCCCACAAAUGGACUCAUAAUCUAAAGACCGGAAAAUGGCUUAUCAUUGACGACCACUUCUGGACUCUUCCUCACGAUUUCAGUCAAAUGAAGACAAUAUCUCCGCAGUUGUAUCACAGCUUAAGUGAAUCCAAUCUUAUUGUCUUUAAGGGAGACUUGAAUUACCGGAAACUGACCGCUGAUCUCAAGUGGGAUCUGUCGGUGCCUUUCGACACCUCAUUGCGUGGUUUCCUUCCGACCACUCUUUGCUCUCUGCGGACAAUCAAAGCCGAUGUUGUGGUCGGCAUUCAAGACAAACAAAUGCUGCAAAAGAUUCACACGUUUGCAGACAACUGGAGAGAAACCGGUGAUUACGCUGUCAUACAAUUGGCUAUAAAACAGUGA